AUGAUCGAAAACAGAGCCAAAAAUCUGCCAAAAUAUUCUUCAGAAUUUUCAGCGACUUCCGCCGCCAUCUCCGGCCAACUCCGGCCACUACCAGCUACCCAAUCACUUCCAAAACACUUCCAUACCUUCCCUUUGUAUUUUUCCUCGAAGACCCGACUUGAUUUCAUCCCAAAACCGUCGAAUUCAAACCUAGAAUUUCUAGGUUUUUCAAGAGACAGAAAGCUUCGUUCGAGGGCUUUAAAGGUGGAAUUGAUCGUCGAGCCAAGAUAUAAAGUUACUCCCCUUGAUGUUCUGAUCAUGUAG